AUGGGGACUCACGACGCCUUAUCAUCAGUCAUCACCCCUGCCCUCCUAGCUCAAAUUGCUGAGGGCUAUCUCCCGUUCCCCAAAGACAAGGAACUCAGCUUCUCAGAUGUUCAAUCCGACGAAACAUCUGAACAUUUCAAGAAAUUCUGCACAUCAAGCACCGCCAAAGAUGCCCUUAUCGCUCUCAGUCGGCUGAGCCCUGAUGCAACUUUACCGGACUUGGAUCUAAUGUCUCUACUCCCAUCACCCACGUCUGUAGACUUUCCACAACAAUGUUUCGGCCUUCAGCUUCUCCUAGAUCAGGCGUCCAGAAUCCUUUUCACGGGUGUUGAUGCACGAUGGCAGUCUGGGUACUUCGGGCCACUUGGAAGACAACUCGCUGGGCAGUGGUACGCUUUACCAGAGGAACAACAACCGUACAAGUUCGAAAGGUGGCAAGCUACAGGUGGCACGAGUUUUAGUUAUUGGGUAGCUAUCCAAAUAAUGUGGGCUGCUCCGUUCUUGCACGCAGAGGACUUAGAAAGUCAAGCAACUGGUCUGGACCUAUCUGAAGAGCUGCGCCGAACGGUUGAGAAACACACUGGGGUGGAAGACCCGUACCGGAAAACAAGGGAGGCUACCUUGAAGGACGACCUUCUCUUCCUGCAUGAGGUUGUCAAAGGUUCACCGGUUGAGGAAGACGGGGCCAGUAUCAGCAUGUCAACUUGGACGUACUGGUGGUGCAUGAUUCUGGAUUCCCACUGGCCUAUAAUCAAGCGAUUUGGCCGUUAUCCUUAUCGAAAUGCUGUGCUGGGCAGGGUUAGUACGGACGAGGAAAAGAAGUGGUUGGAUGAUACUGGACAUUUUGGAGAGGCCCCUCCUGACGUUGCGGAACGGAUUCGAAAGGAUGUAGAGGGAAAUUGGACGCCGCUUAGCCAAGACUAA